AUGGAUGCUGACAAUGCCUCAUUAGAGGUAUGGGUAAUGGAUCCGGGGUGCUCGGACCAUUUACCUUUGAAAAUUUCUUUUAUAGACAAAGAAGAAUCAGGACUUAAACCUUUCAAGUUUCUGAACCAUCUUGCUGAUCAUGAAGAUUUCCUAGAGAUAGUUAAUAAAGCUUGGAUAGGAGGAUGGACAGGGGACAAAAUGAAAGAUGUCUGGGAGAAAUUGAAAAGAGUAAAGAUAGCAAUGAAGAAGCUAAAUGCUGAGGAGUACAAUGUUGUAGGAGGAAGAAUUGCAAAAUGUAGAGAACAACUUUGUAUAUUGCAGGAACAAAUGAGAAAGCCAGGCCAACCAAGUACUAUGACAUUAGCUGAAAAAGAGACAAAGUUACAACUGGAAAAAUGGCUAAGGGUGGAAGAGAGCAUUUUAAAGCAAAAAUCAAGAAUACAAUGGUUGAAACUAGGAGAUGGAAACAAUGCCUACUUCUAUGCAAGUAUGAAGAACAGAAACUCCCAAAAUAAGAUACAAAAGCUGACAAGAAGUAAUGGCACAGUGACACAAACAAAGCAGGAGAUGGAGGAUGAGGUAAUGAGCUUCUACAAACAACUAUUAGGUACAGCAGCAGAGAAGAUACCAACAAUUAACACAACAGUAAUGAGAGAAGGACCAAUGGUCAAUAAACAGCAGCAAAGGCAGUUGAUAGCAAGUGUAACAAAAGAGGAAAUACAUAGAGCAUUGAUGGGAAUUAGCGAUAACAAGGCGCCAUGA